AUGCUCUCGCUCAUCCUCGCCGUCGUCUCACUUGCGGCAUCGCGAGCUGCCGCGGAUGGCGCAGAAUAUUUCGUGUAUGGCGCUGGCUCCAUGAAAGGCCAACCGCUCUUCUAUACUGAUGGUGUGUCGCGACUGCCUCUGAAGAUUGCGACUGUCCACCGCUGACUUCUCACAGGUGGUGCCUACGUCGGCACAACUGGUCCUCCGGAUGCUGGUCUGAUCAUCAACAUUACUCGUAAGCUCGACUGUUCUCCGAAGACCUCUCGUGCUGUGUAGAGAAAUGUAGCGCUCAUAUGUGAUUCUAAAAUUCAGUAGUAUCCCAGAACGUCUCCGACGGCAGCUUUACGGCCAACCCGGUGAACGGCUCGGCAGCUGUCACUGGCAACUGGACUUCGCCCAAGCUGUAUAUCAACAACAACUCCGGUUCCUUCGAUGCAGUGGGAUUCACUUCAGAUGCCAAUACAACCAUCACCACGACUGGAUUCAAGCAGUGGGGCUCGCGUCUCGUCUGGGUCAGCGACGCGGGCGACCUGGUGAGUAAAUGGUACGCCGAGCCAGUGAACGAGGAGAACACAACAUAUAUCCUGAAAUGGAAUGUCGACAACGUCAGUACCGAUAGUGCCAUUCCGGUUGUGGUGAAGAACACGUCGCCAGAUUUAAAAGCGAGAUAG